AUGGAGGAGCUACAGAAGCACACCCACGAUGGGACUGAGGGUGCCGAUGCCCGAGUGGGGGAGGCAGGGCCUGCGGCGGUACAGGCGAAGACGGCCGCCAGCAAAGGCGCCAGAGAUCCCGAACCGGUCUCAUUUGACCCAGGCGCUGAUGUCCCUUUCGACAAGGCAACGUUGAGAGGCGAGCUCGCCAACGGCAUGGAGUACUACGUCCGAGCCAACCGGCACCCGCGAGAGCGAGCUGAGCUCCGCAUCGUCAUCAAGGUGGGGUCCGUGAUGGAGACGGAGCAAGAGCGGGGGGUUGCGCACCUGAUCGAGCACCUGGCGUUUCGCGCCAGCAGGACCUGUCCGCAGGAGUUCGACCUAGUCAAGGAGUUGGAGUCGCACGGCAUCAAGUUCGGAGCGCACCAGAACGCCUACACGUCUUUCGAGGAGACGGUUUACGAGCUGCACGUCCCAGCCGACCAGCCGGUGCUGCUGGAGAGGAGCCUCCGGGUUCUCCGACAACUCGCGCUCGAGGUGCGCCUGUCUGACGACGACGUCGAGAGAGAGAGGUCGAUCGUCGUGGAGGAGUGGAGGCAGGGAAGGGGUUGCGCUCAGCGAGCUACCGAGGACUUCUUCAAGCUGGUCGUCAAAGGGAGGACAGUCCCGCCCGAGACUGUGCGGGCCUUCUACGCGAGGCACUACCACCCGGAGCGCAUGGCGGUGGUGGCCGUUGGGGACUUCGAAGACGGGGGGAAGGGAGUGGUGGAGCUGGUGAAGGGCGUGUUUGAGGGGUGCUCGAGAGGGGACACCAAGGAAGCACCCCCUGUGGGAGUUCCAUCGCACUACGACGUGCGAGCGGCGGUGUUCGCGGACAGCGAGGCCACUUCCAGCAGUAUGGUCCUCGAGCCCGCUCUGCCGCUGACGACCCACGACCACUACCGGCGCGAGGUGACGGAGGACCUGUUCCACGCCUGCCUCAACGCCCGUCUGUCCAAGACGGCCAUGCGGGACCGACCGCCGUUCCUCACGGCUUCCUCCAGCACUCCGGUGACAGUUGCCACCUUGUCUACGGUGCAGCUCAUGGUGACGGCCCUGGAUGGGGCGUUGCCGCGAGCCAUGCGAGCCGUGCUCACCGAGGUCCAUCGCAUCAAGGUGCAUGGCUUCAGUGACCGAGAGGUGUCGAUAGCGAAGAAGAACCACCUCGCGGAGAUCAGAGGAGAGUGGGUGGCGCGGGAUCAGACGGACUCGAACAACCUCUGCAGCGACUACGUGGAACACUUCCUGAGGCGCAACCCGGCCCCGGGUAUAGACUGGGAGGCCGGUGUGCUGGCGCCGCUGCUGGAGACGGUGGGAACAGGGGACGUCAACGAAGUCGCGGAGAGGCUAGCAUGCCUCCAGAACUGGCUCUCGGAAACCCUGCCCCAGUCGCUGUCCUCGGCAGCGGCGGCGUCGCCGUUUCGAGGAUCGUUCUUGGGAUCGGUCUUCCCGUUCCUAGAAGGGAAGAAGAGAAUACGGUUCGGCGGUGACAGCCCCGCCAGAGGCGGCGAUGGGGCGACGGCUACGCUGCCGGCAGCGGGAGGGGGUACCGGGGGGGUGCCCACGAAGGAGGACCUGCUGGAGGUGAUGGGGAGGUUCGAGGAAAGGGGGGGCGGCGGCGGGGUGGGGCGGGGUCGGAUGGGCAGCUGGGAGCGAGUCCGGGAGUGGUCGCACGAUCGCUGGGGGGAACCGCUGGAGGUUGAGGACCUGCUUCCGGACUACCUGGCCGUGGGGGAUAGGCCGGCCGAGCCGGCAGCGGGAUGGUCGCCGGUGAAGGUGUUGGGGCCCGGUGACGGCGAGAUACAAGUGCACGAGAUCAUUCUACCCAACGGGAUGCAGGUAUCGUACAAGGUAACCGACUUCUGCGACGACGAGGUGCUAUUUUCGGGCAUCGCUCACGGCGGUCGAACAGAGCUCUGCGCGGACAGGGCGCCUUCGGCCCUCAUGUCCGUCACCGUCGCCGAGGAGCUAGGCAUCUUCGGGGUAAAGCCUUCCAAGGCCAUGGACAUGCUCACCGGGAAGAGGGUCAGCCUGGGGCUCAGCAUAGAGGCCUACGACCGAGAGGCGAGCGGGUCGUGCGCGGCGGCGGACCUCGAGGCGGCGCUGCAGCUGCUGCACCUCCUGUUCGUGGCGGAGCUGAGGUGGGACGAGGGGCGUCUCGAGACGGUGCUGUCGUACGUGGAGGAGCACGUCAGGAACCAGGACAAGGACCCGCAGGAGAGGCUCAUGGGCCUCAUCAACCAAGUCAACACGCAGGGCCACCCGUUCUACGCGCCUCCAAGCCUGUCUUUGCUGUCGAAGGUGGACCCGCGGUGGGCCGCGGCGUACUUCAAGAGCCAGUUCAGGCACCCGGAGGCGUUUCGGUUCGUGUUCGUGGGGACGCUGGACCCGGCAGAGGCAGUCCCUCUCAUGCACAAGUACCUGGGCAGCAUCCCGGUCCCGAAGAGCUGGGCAGCAAAUGGUGGUGUUCCCGCUGAUCCCUUGACUUCCCAGCAUGUCGCUGGGGCUCCUCAACCGCCGGUGGGGAGCGCGGCGGAAGGCCACGACAGCAGCAGGGGACCAUCCGUGGUGCGGCCGUGGGAAGAGCCGAUCAGAACCAGGCGCGACGUCACGACGCUCGACGUGCAAUUCCCUCCCAACAAGGUGGUGAAGGUGGUACGCGUCCCGAUGGGCGACCCGUACGCGGUGUCGACCAUGACCUUUCCGGUGGCCUUGGGAGGGCCUCGACACCCCACCCACGCGGAGAGGCUCAGGGACAACAUCCUCAUACAGUUCGCCUCGUCUGUCCUGGAGACCCGGCUGAACGAGGUGCUCCGCUUUACCCUGGGUCGAACGUACGGCGUGUCGGUACAGGACAGCUUCCUCUCCGCGCCACCCAUGCUGAGGGAAGAUCAACCCCUCCCCGGCACCGUCAUGAUCACCCUCUCUUGCGAGCCCCAAGAGCUCCCCCUCCUUCGAGCGACCACCCUGUCGGAGAUCAAGAGGCUCCAGCAGUCGGGGCCCCGCGAGGACGAGAUAAGGGGCGCCGUGGAAGCGGACAGGAGGGACAGCGAGACCGCGGAGAGAACGAACGCCUACUGGCUGCACACGCUCUCGAUGCAGUACCACACGCCCAGGUACCAGGGCGACAUCAGCAAGGCCUACACGCAGCUGAUGGCGUGUCGCACGGAAGUGCGAGCGUCGCUGUCGCCGGAAGUCCUCCGGGAGGCUUACGUGCACUUCUUCGGGGACCUCCAGCGCAGGACGGAAGUCUCAUUGCUUCCCCAGCGGAGAUGGAAAACCGCCGGGCGCUACGCGGCCGUGGGCGCGCUCGCCGCAGGCGUUGUUGCAGUGGGUGCCAUGGCCGUCACCCAGUCUGGUAGAAGGGCUGCCGGCUCCCGGACAACACGCUAGCAACGCUGGUUGCUCUCGUUUUGGAGGAUUACGCGUCAAAAGUGUCGCUAUUAUGCAUCCCACACCGUGCGGAUGGAGGCUUUCGCUGUUUAAUUGUUGGUGUCCCCCAGUUAGGGUGGUACUCUGGGGGCAAGGCAUCGAUCGAGGGCACCGCUUUUGAGGAGAGGCCAAAGUGCCAGCUGCGAGGAUGGGGAGUUUGAGCUCCAGAUGACUGUAGAAUGGGCGAGAAGUCUGGAGGAAUGACAAGCGCAAUAGUCUUACCGAGAUACCCCGGUAGGGAGGUUUGAAGCUGUUGCUGGUAAAAGUUGCUCGUGAAAUGUGCAUGGCAAGGGUGAAGGUUUGGGGGAAGGGCGAGUAGGUUUUGGUUCCCAGUUGCUAUUGAAUGCAAUAGAACGUUUGACGAAAUAAAGACCAGCAAGGCGACAGUUGUAGCCAACCCAUGGAGGAAUAUCAGGAUGGAGGUUGUGUCACUGUUUUUGAAGAGAGGCCGGAUUGCCAAAUGCCAAGAUAGACAGUUGGGAGCACCAAGUGGCUGUAGAAAUGGGAUGCCAACAUAUCUAGAGGAAUGUCAAGCAGUUACCCUGGUACCCCGGUAGAGGGGCUUGAAGCUGUUGUUGGAAAACACUUACCCAAGAACUGUGACUAUGUAUGGCAAGCGUGAAGGUAGGGGGAAGGGCGAGUAGGUUUUGGGUCCCAGUUGCCAAUGAAACGAAAGGUCACGUUCUUGAGGAAAUGAAGACCAGGCGAUGGAUGAAGGCAACCCAUGGAACAGUUUCACGAUGGAGCUGGUUUUCCUCAAGAGUUUGGAGUUCAGCCCGGGAUUGCAGGGAUUCGUGUCUAACCUUGGAGUGCAGAGGGCGUACAGUGCAGAGGUCAGUAACGGUUUACAGCAGUGCGAAGACACUAAGAGCGGUUCACAUGGGUUCGGUUCACUCCAUUUAUAUCUACGCAGCGCCCUUCGGUCAUUGUCGAGACAAGUCUCCUCAGUACAUUGAUGCUGGGUUUGGACUGGAUAGAGGAGGGUUAUUAGCUACGGAAAAUAAGACAAUACAACCCUACGGGACUGUCGCAGUC